CAAAUUCUUCAAGUCAGCAACGCUUUAAACUUAAAUUUGAUAAAAAAGAUCUGCACCAGAGUGUACCUGAAUCUCAUUCAGAAAAUGCAGCUGAUGAUGGGAAAAUGCAGGAAAAGAUGGAAACUGAUGAUGAUGAGGGUCAUGUGAUUCAUGCAUCGAACAGUGGACAGAUAUCACGAGAUGAUACCAACAUUAAAACUACCUCAUUCUCUCCACCACAAGGUGCCAUAUCAACUUCAAAUUUAGCAGAAGCUACAAAGGAAAACAAAGAUAUUCUUGGCCCAAAUAAUCCAGGAAUUUCAGGAAAUUUGCAGAUUGAUGCAAAAAACAUUCCAGAAUACCCGGAUAAGAAAAUUACAAUGACUGACUUUGCAGGACAGUGUUCAUAUUAUGCCUCACACCAGAUUUUUCUGAGUCCGCGGGCGUUCUUCAUUCUAGUGCUGAAUAUGGAGAAGAAGUUUGAUGAUCAAGUCGGGGAAGAGGUCUGCUGUCAGGAAGGCUCCAUUUAUGAAAGAUGGACACACAGAGAUUAUCUUGAAUUCUGGAUGAAAUCAAUUCACCAGUACAGCAAUGAUAAUGCCCCUGUUCUGCUCAUUGGUACACAUAGUGAGAAAAAAACAGAAAAGGUAUAA